GCGUGAAAGUGGGGUAAAAGUCGGCGUGUUGGUGCUUAACCAGGCCCCUGCAGGCUGCGUGAUGACGUCACCGCGAACAGGCUCCGCGGCUCCUCUCCCCGUCACAACUCGCCAGCUUUCCCGAGACGCGAUGGAGGAGCAGCAGGAAACGAGUCCGGAAGCGGUGAAAUAUUUCCGUCUGUCGGAGGUGGAGGAGCAGAACACGUUCAAGUCCACGUGGAUCGUCAUCAACAACAAGGUGUACGACGUCACCAGGUUCCUGGAGGAGCACCCCGGAGGAGAGGAGGUGCUGAGGGAGCAGGCGGGAGGAGACGCCACCGAGAGCUUCGAGGACGUCGGACACUCGAGCGACGCCAGAGAGAUGUCUCUGAGCAUGGUGAUCGGGGAGCUGCACCCGGACGACCGAGACAAGACCAAACUUGAAGAAACACUGGUGACCACGCUGAAGGACAAUCCCAGUUGGUGGACUAACUGGCUGAUCCCGGUUCUGGCAGCCGGCGCCGUCACGCUGAUGUACCGCCUCUACAACACAGAGAGCGAGUGACAUCAUCAGACAGGCAGCUGUGAUGUCAUCAGCAGACAGCUGCGUCAGCCAAUGGCAGCGCAGAGUUACCGACCACCUGCUGGAUCAAGAACGUCGGAACUACAAUACCCAAGAUGCAUUCCAUGCCGUUAACCAAUCACGUGGUGUUAUACUAAUGAAGCCGUCGACACUUUGAAUUACAGAUGUUCUGUGGAGUCAUGUAGGAAUGUAGCGGAUUUAUGAUUUUUUUUGUUGUCGGUGUCACGUGACCUCGGUGUCACGUGACCUCGGUGUCACGUGACCUCGGUGUCACGUGACCGUUAUUAUGUGACCUCGGUGUCACGUGACCACGGUGUCACGUGACCACUGUGUCCUCGGUGUCAUGUGACCUCGGUGUCACGUGACCUCGGUGUCAUGUGACCACUUUGAAUGACCUUUUAUAAAUCUUUAGUUGCUUUUUGGAAUAAUUAAACGUUUAAAUAUUGUAAAAAAUC